AUGGCCGAGAGUGGGAGUUUCCUCAGGACGCGCAGACAGCGGCGAGACAGUGAUGACGCCGGUGCAGACGGAAAAGAUGCGAGCGGGACGAGGGAACGCCGUCGCGACGGAGACGUCGACAAUGGCGCAGGCCUGCACACCGACGACCUCUGCGCGAGGGAGUCGCCGUCUCUCCAGCUGUUCUUCUCAAGCCUUGCUGUUUAA